CGGUAUUACAACGGUGGAAUUGACUUUUGAUAGACGAAGCUUGACCUUUUUUCCCUCUCGUCAUAGUCGUGAACAAAUCAAACUCUCCCCCUUCUACUACCUUACACCAACACUCGCCGCUCUUAAUCUAUCGGAAGCUACCCUUAAGCUUCCUAUAGAUCAAUUGCUGCAAGAUGCAAGCCAUAUCGAGACAUUUGCGGCCAGGCGCUGCCUCUCUGCGCCAACUUUCCCGACGAGCCUACAGCUCCUCGACAUCUCCUUACUCCCAGACGAUCGAUAAUUUGCGCAUUAACGGCGACACAAAGGUUAUCUACCAAGGGUUUACUGGAAAGCAGGGAACUUUUCACGCCCAACAAGCUAUCGAAUAUGGCACUAAGGUUGUUGGAGGUACAAAUCCUAAGAAGGCUGGCCAAGAGCAUCUCGGUCUCCCUGUCUUCGGCAAUGUCAGUGAAGCUGUGAAGGCGACUGGCGCAAAUGCUACCGCUAUUUUUGUGCCUCCCCCCCUAGCCGCUGCUGGUAUCGAAGAAGCUAUCACUGCCGAAAUCCCCCUCGUCGUUUGUAUUACCGAGGGCAUUCCUCAGCAUGACAUGGUUCGCAUUACCGAUAUACUCAAGUCGCAGUCCAAAACCCGUCUCGUUGGCCCUAACUGCCCUGGAAUUAUCGCCCCCGGCCAGUGCAAAAUUGGCAUCAUGCCCGGCUUCAUCCACAAGCGUGGCCGCAUUGGUAUCGUCUCUCGUUCCGGAACACUGACUUACGAGGCCGUCAACCAGACCACCCAGGCCGGCCUUGGACAAUCCCUCGUUGUUGGUAUUGGCGGUGAUCCAUUCAGUGGAACUAACUUCAUCGACUGCCUCAACGUUUUCUUGAAAGAUGAGGAAACAGACGGCAUUAUCAUGAUUGGAGAGAUUGGUGGAUCUGCCGAGGAGGAUGCCGCGGAUUUCCUUAAGGCAAACAACACGGUCAACGGUGGUAAGCCCGUUGUCAGCUUCAUCGCCGGUAUCAGCGCACCCCCAGGACGACGGAUGGGUCACGCCGGUGCCAUUGUGUCCGGCGGGAAGGGUGGUGCGGACUCUAAGAUCAAGGCCUUGGAAGCGGCUGGCGUGGUAGUAGAGCGCUCACCUGCGGGUCUGGGACGUGCUAUGAGGGAGGCUUUUGUUAAACGGGAUCUACUAUAAAUAACAUGUCUCCUAUAUGGAUAGAAAGAGGCGGUUGACUAGAUAUAUUACAGCCUUGACGAGCUUAAACGGCCGGGAGACUUGUAAUGCUGUAUCCAUGUGGAAGCACAUAUCGAAGCACGAGUGCCGGUGGUAAGCUGGACUGCAUUUUUGCCAGGAAAGCAUCCUGUGUGUUUUUACUUAACUCUACGAUAGACGGAUGGCGGAUGGCGGAUAGUGCAUUGUAUCUUGUUAUAUUUGUCUCCCCGACAAACUCAAAGUCACACCAUUGAAUGCUCUUCAAAACUCUUGUGUCCUGUGUCAAGUCUACUCUGACGGAGUUAAUGUCUGCAAAAGCUUUAAGAUACGCCACAUUAAAAGCGAGAUAUGUGAGA